CGUUUUUAGUUGGUGCAGACGGCGUUAUUAAGCUUCCGCUUAAAUUCUAUUCCGUUUAGGAGUAAUUUGGGAACUUGUUCAUUGCUCGUUAGUGUAUAUCUAUGUAGCGAUGGAUCGCUGGGCGAGCACGACGGCGGUGGUGACGGGCGCGAGCGCGGGCAUCGGCGCGGCGGUGGCGCUGGCGCUGGCGCACAAGGGUUUAGAUGUCGUGGCCGCCGCGCGCCGCGAAGACAAACUUAAGGAAUUGAAAAAAAAGUUUGAAAGUGAAAAAAAGAAAGAAAACAAAGCGCUUAUACAUCCGUUUGUCUGCGAUAUGUCUAAGCAGAAAGACAUCGAGAGCCUGAUGUCGUUUGCAAAGGACCUUAAUGGCGAUGGCGGGAUAGAUAUCCUUGUGAACAAUGCAGCCAUAUUGCCUACUGGAACUAUUGCUGGUGUAUCUAUGGAUAAAAUAACAGAAUGUUAUAUGAUAAAUGUGGUUGGAGUCAUCGCAGCAACAAAACUCGCCGCUGCCGAUAUGGUUGCUAAAAAAAUCAAAGGACAUAUCAUUAUGAUAAACAGUAUUUCCGGUCACAAGACGGUGACUACCGGCGACUUGUCUAACACCAGCGUGUACAGUUCGAGCAAGCACGCCCUCACUGAACUCGUCGAGAACUUCCGUCUAGAGUUCAACUAUACGAGGGCAAACAUUCGCGUUACGAGCAUAUCCCCUGGAGCAGUGGACACGGAGAUGCUCCGCAGCGUACAAUACAGCGGCGCGCUGCCCAUGCUGAAGCCGCGUGACAUCGCCGACGCCGUCGUGUACGCACUCUCUGUACCCGACACUGUCAAUAUCACAGAAAUGACAAUUCAAGCAGUUGGCGAAGUGUUGUGAUUUUUAACAGUUACAU